GAUCUUCUCUCUUGCUUUUAUAUUGCAUUAUUGCUCAAACCCUUCUUCUUUCGUCGUCGUUUCCGAUCACUCGCUCUCUCUCUAAGAUCGCACUUGUCACCACGGAGGAGUCCAACCGGCACUCCAAUCGACAUGGUUUCCGAAGCCGGCUGCGACGACGAGGAGACCCAGGUCUUGGAUCUUGAUUCUACGGCUCCCGGGGAAGUCCCGAUCUUGUACGGUGAGACUGAAGCCCUAGAUGGCUCCGAUAGUUCUGACGGCGAGGGCGUUGGGGGGAUUGAUCAGCGGGGAAAGACGCAAUUGGUGAAUGAGUAUGAGGAUACCGCUGUGGUCGACAGUGGCGAUGAAGAGACGGAUAGGACCGAGGUGCUCAGUGGUGACGACGAGGGUGUUUUGGAUGAUGGUGCUACCCGCUGCGGAGAUAGAGAGGAUGAUGCAGGUGAUGCGUUCGGACCGGAGGUCUUAGAGAAUGGAGGAAACUCAGGCUUGGCAGAUGAAAAGAAAGUUGAUAUGGUUGAUUCUGAUGCUUCCACUGAUGAUGGUGGUGGUGAUGAUGAUGAUGAUGAUGAUGAUGAUGAUGGGGAUGCCGGAUCUACUGUAAGGAGCUUUACUGCAGUUCGCACAGAAGCAAUGCGCACAUCUGGUCUUGCUGCAGCUCGAUACUUUGCUUCUAGGAAACUUGGACAUGUGUCGAGAUCUUUUAACAAUAUUGAACAUAGUGAAAAGGAAGACAGCGCUGUAGAUGGACAGAUAGGCUUGGAAGUAACUGGUGUGAAUAAAUGGACAAAAAGCAGAAUGGAACUGACACCUUUCAGAAUCAAAGUUGGUAAGUUAGACUUGGACCAUGAAAUUGCAAGCUUUCAGAGGUCUACCCAGAACUACUGUAAAGAGGGAAUCAAGAGCAGAUGCUGCAACAUGAGGGUAAAAAGACUGUUCAAUGAGUUGUUACCUUCUGAGAAGAAUGACAGUAUAAGAAAGGAUGACAGCAUCUUUUCAAAGGUGGACACACCUUAUUUGCUCUCAACUGAUGAUGUUGUUGCAGGAUUAAGCUAUGUUAAUUCUCAAGAACCUAGUAUUGUGUCCCAGGCAAAUGCAUUGGAAUCUGUAGAUAAGUUUCUUUUAAUCAAUGAUGUGGGGUUAUCUCAAGAAACCAAAGAUGUCGAAACUGAUAUUUUGAAGUCGUCUCUUGUUUCUGGUACAAAGAGGGUUCAACUGUUUUCUGAAAAGACAAAUUGCAGAAGUCCAGUUGGAAAGCCACAAAUUUUUGAUUGGAAUGAUAACCUUGAAGAUGAUGGAGGAGGUGAGUUCUUCAGUAAAAGAAAGGAUUCCUUCUUUGAACAAACAUGUGGUGCAUGGAAGACUCAAAGCCAACACCCGACUAGACAUCUCAAAUCUGCCAUAACCAGAGAUGCAGUUGGUAAAAGUGGAGAGGUAGGUACAAACAGAAAAAUAUUUGAUGAAGGAACAGUUCAUUCAGAUUCAAGGUUAAUGAUAUCCAGUCCUGUAAGAAGUAAAAGGAUUUGUAUUUCUGAAACAAAUAUAAGGAAGAAUCUUUUCGAAGAUACAAAAGCUCAAUUGGAUGUAACUGAAAUCAAAAGAGGUUCAGAUGGUAUAUAUGAUGUUGGUCCUGAUACUCAAAUGGCAGCUGAGGCUAUGGAAGCCUUAGUCCAUGGAUUUCUGAAUAAUGCAGAAAAGGAGGACACGGGGCAUCUUGAUGCUGAAAAUUUGACUCUGAAUUCCAAUUCUGCCAGAAUUCCAAUUAUGAACACAGCUUCUUCAAAGAAUGUACCACAGGAAAAUAGGACUUCUGUUAAUGAUCCAGAAGUCAUUGUGACACGUUCUAAAAGGAGAAAGAUGCUCUCUACAAAAUCUAGUGAAAGCCGAAAUGUACCUAGAGUUUCUUCUACUAGUUCAAGAAUGAAAAAUAGUUUGGUGGAUAUAAUUGCUAAAAGGCAGGCAAAGAGGGGAAAGGGGAAGCCAGAUAGGCUGGUAAAUACCAGGAGUUUGGUUAGCGGACAUGAUUAUUCUAAGUCCACUCUUAAUGAAAAGACACAACAGAUGGUAGACAGACAUUUCGAUGAACAACAAAAACAACAUAAUGACAUUUUGGUGGACAGACAUCUUGCACAUCGUGUUAGGUAUUCCAAGAGAGUGAAGAUGUUGAAACAGAAUAAGGAUUUACCUGAUUGUCAGAAAGUUCCUAACAAGUUGACGGAUGCACAUGUUUCUAGAACUGUAGAAGCUGUACAUUAUAUUGUUUCUGACACAUCAGAAUCAGUGGAGGCCGAAAAAGGUUGUGCUAAUGUAGGUUUAAAUCUAACCACAGAAGUGAAAAGGCAUCCUGCAACUCAUACUAAGUUGCUCAAUUGUGCAUCUCCGGGAGAAGAAUUUCAAACUUUAUCUUUGACAAAAGAUAGUUCUCGCUAUCCUAAACGGAGGAGAACAGGUCAGGUUAAUUCUGGCAACAUGAAUGGCGACUUGAAUAAAGCAUCACCUGUGUCAGGUAUUGGUGCAUCAGAGACAAUUGAACGAUCCUUCAAACAACAAGGGAAGGAGAAAAUCUUCACAAGAAGCAUAUCAGAUAUCCUGGAUAAGGUUCAGCGGAAAAAGAGAUCUGUUUUUACAUAUAGGUCACUAGAAGCUGCCAGAGAACUUCCAAGUACCAGUGUGGUAAGGAUGAUAUGUGGCAUGAAGACAAGAUCAUCACUUAAACCAUCUUCAGACAAGGAUACUGAGGAAUCGGUCAGGACAAUUUUGCUUCAAUCUGUUAUUCCAACUGGUGCUGAUAUUCUUUCUGUUGACCUUCAGAACCACAGUUUGCAUGCUGAAAAAGCAGAAAAACACAUGUCAUCUUCAGAAUAUGUUGAAAAUGCUGAAGAAAAUGACAAAUCAUAUGGGUCAUCAGAAGCAAAAGGCCUACCAAAUAAUUUAACCUGUACGACACCAUCAAAAGAAAUGAAUGCUGUGUCACCUGUUUUUACAUCUCAAUAUCCUCCAAGAUCAUGCAAUAAAGUUGUAUCAACAUCUUUAGUUGCUAGAGAACUUCUUAGAUUAGAUGCUACUGGGGCAUCAACUCCUAUGCUGAAAGAUAUGCGAAGGCGGAAAUAUAUGGCUGGUGUUCGUGUUUUAUUUAGUCAUCAUUUAGCUGAAAAUACUAUUAAGCCGCAGAAGAAGAUUUUGGCACGCUUAGGACUUCCAACUGCAUCUUCAAUUUCAGAUGCAACUCAUUUUGUCACAGACAGGUUUGUUCGCACACAGAACAUGUUAGAGGCAAUUGCUGUUGGUAAACUUGUGGUUACACCUAUGUGGCUUGAAAGUUGUGGACAGGCAGGCUGUUUUAUGGAUGAGAAAAAUUACAUACUGAGAGAUCUUAAGAAGGAGAGAGAGAUAGGUUUCAGUAUGCCUGUUUCACUGGCUCGUGCAUGCCAUUGUCCUCUUUUGCAGGGUAAAAAAGUGUUUAUAACACCAAAUGUCAAACCCAAUGGAGAUCUUGUUUCCAGCUUGGUUAAGGCAUCUCGUGGCCAGACACUCAAGAGAAUCGGGAGAUCUGAAAUGAAACAAGAUAAAGUACCGGAUGAUCUUUUGGUUAUUUCUUGUGAAGAAGAUUACAACAUUUGCAUACCUCUCCUUGAGAAAGUUGAAUUCUAUGUAAAGGAGCCGGCAUUUUCAGCUCGGAGCUUUUACUCAAUGGUAUAGUAAUCCAGAAGCUAGAAUAUGAAAGGCAUCAACUCUUUGCGGAUCACAUCAAACAAACCCGGUCAACUACACGGCUAAGACACAAAGGCUGUGACCAGUUUCUUCCCGAGAACAAAUGUGCAUAAUUCCCUUAACAUGCGCCAGGUGAUUUCACGAAUCAGUUCUGGUCUGUAUUCAUUUUUGCUAAAUUAUGAUUUUACUUAAUUCUCUGACAUUAGAUGUGUCUAUAUACAUACUAUCUCAGCAGUUUUAUCUCCGUACAGUAUAAUCUAAAGCAUGCUUCAGAUCGUUCCUUGUUACAUAUGCCAUGGAACUUUUGUAGUAGUAAUCAAGGUUUUCAGAGUAUAUUUAUACGUGGAGUUGCUUCCUUGCCAGAUAAAUUGAGUUCUUCAUGGAUUUUGUUACCGUUACUAAAUUUUACUUUCAGUUGCAUGAGAUAUAUAUAUUCGUCCAAGAAGUAAUUCGGUAAUAAGCAUCUUUUAAGUGAUGAUGGAUAUUUACUUUGUCAAGGCAAAGAUGGGUAAUAUACUGAAACUACUGGCAUUAUUUUAGGUAAAUGUGUAUUGGAUUGACAUUUAAAUUCUUAAUCUAAUAAACACAUCAAUCCUUUGUUCGAA